AUGCAAACUUCAUCAUCGUCUGGAGGACCUUUUUCGCAUUUGAUGAAUUCAUCAUCCACCAUGCGAAAUCGACCAACCUCAUCAUCAUCAACGCCUCACCACUCUCAAGAUGAAAAUCCCAUUCAACAAAAUAUUUAUUCGACGACCUCUUCUUCAAAGUAUCGAACACAACAUCAAACAAAACCAAGUCGAUGGAUUUUAGGAAUCAUCAUCGGAAUACCCAUCUUUUUACUCAUUUUGUUUUAUUGGGAAUUUAGUAAAACAGAAAAUGUCGAAUGGGAAGAUGUGAAAGAGGACAUUCAUGUUCCACAACAAGUAUUACGAAAUUUGGAAUUGAAUCAAGAUGAAUCAACAUCGAUCAUUCGAAAAAGAAGCAAAUUAGGAAUUGUCACCUAUGCACAGAGUGAUGCUCACAUGGAUUGGUUGAAAAAGGAAUAUUUCUCUCAUUUGAAUGAUAUGAGACAGUAUCGAACAAUGGUUUAUAUCUCAAUUUGUGAAAAUAUUAGAAAUAAUUUGGAUUUGUCAGAAUUCACAAAUAAUGAAAAUAGAGAUGUGAUCAAGAUUUCAUUUUCAAAAUCAUGUCACAUACCGUCUCUCAUCAGUAAUGGAAUCAAGUUCUCAAAAAGGCAUGUUGAAUAUUUCAUGGUACUAGAUCCUGGCUUUUCUAUUUAUGGGCAUGAAGAGAAGAAGACUACUUUAAAUGUAGUUAACAAAAGAAUUGAUGAUUUAUUGGGAGAAAGUGAAAGUAAGCAAUUAUUUAGAGAGUAUGGGGACUAUGGACUGCUUGCUGUGAAUGUUUAUGACUCGACGGAAAUGCCUGCCACUAGUACUUUCAAUAUUCAAAUUCCAAAAGAAACCAUGAAACAACAACUUUGGAUUUCCAAGUUAUUACCUCUCUAUUCUCAAGAGCAACGAAAAGCAAUUUCACAAUUUUAUGAAAAGUGGAAACAAUCCAACACGUUGUUUGUUCCAUUUUCUGAAUACUAUGAUAGAGAUGCAAUUUUGAGCACACCAGCCUCUCAUUUCUUUAUUUUUGCAACCUCAAGUCCAGAAGGAAAUAAUUACAAUCUCAAAAAUGAUGAAAUUAUUGACAAUGUGGUGGAAGGUCUUGAAAGAUACAUUUCAGAUAAUAGUUAUCAAAAUUCUUUUAAUAUGAUUGAAAGUAGACAGAUCUUGUCAAGUUUAAUACUUUCACAGAUAUUAGAUCGAUAUGAGCAAUUUAAAGAAAAGACCAAUUCUCCUCCUAUAUUCUUUUUACCACACACUUUUUCUAUUGAAUGGAAACCAUCUCACAAUACUCUUCAAGAAUCUACAGAAUUGCUUCACAACGGACUUUCAUUCGCAACUUAUUGUCACAUUGAUGAAAUUGAUAUUUUGAAUGGAUUAAUUAAGAGAUUGUAUGAUGGAGAUCGUUUGAUUGUUAUUUUUACAGCAAGUUCACCCAAGCAAUGCAUGUCAGAGGAAUUACAACAAUUUAUGAAUUCUCCAAAAAAAGCAAGAAUUGAUUACAAAUGUAUGGUUAUGAAAAAGAAAGAUUCAAUUCCAAUUAAUCGUUUCAAAAAUCAAGCACUGCUCCUUUCAAAAACUAAAUGGAUAUUCAUGUUAGAUGUUCAAUUGAGAAUUUCAAAGAAUUUGAAUCGAGAUUUCACCAAAUUAUUUAUUACAGAUUCUUCAUCAAGACCAUUAGAAAAAUUGGAACCCUUGUCUCAACACUCUGAAUCUCUUUUUUGGAAAUCUCCUAUUGAACACAUUAAGAAAUAUUCAAAUCUUGCUCAAUUUUUAGAAUUGGAAAAGAUUGUUUUUGUUCCUCCAUCGUUUGAACAAAAUGAAAUGGAAGAGGAAUUACCAAAUGAUUUCACAAGUUUGAAAAGAAGUUACCAAAAACGAAUGCUUUCUGUAGAGAAUGCUCAACAAGUCGAUGUUUCAAAUUAUUUUGCAGUUUCUUCUCAAGGACAAAAAGCAUACCAAGUGAAACCAUAUUAUCCAUUUAAUUCAUUAUUUAUUGCAGCUGUGACACAUUUACCUUUUUAUGAUGAACAUAGUUAUCAAUCAUUGGCUGUCUAUCAUCUGCACUUGAAUAUGAAAUAUUUCCAAUAUUAUAUUUUACCAAGACAUUUUGUUGUUCGCUCUAUUCUCUCCUCACAACAAAAUCACAAGAAACGAAUCAAACCAAAACAACCACAAUUAGAUUUGGCUCUAAAAAAGAUGAGUGAUUUUUAUUCGAAUGAGAGAAUUAAUUUAUUGAAGAAAGAUCAUCUCCGAAAUGAGAUUUAA